UUCUGCAUGAUCACAUGAGGCAAAUAUUUGAUUGCAGUUUUCGUGAUACACAUUAGACGAAAUAACAAACGGUUUUAUUUUGUUCGUCCACAUUCCAGCAUUCUGGUGGGUUUGUCGUCCUUUUAAAAAGGGAUUCUGUUCUUCUUUGGAGCAGAGGCUGUGAAAGCCUUGAAUGGUGUCACUAUGGAGGGCUCAGUCGUUUUAAGCAAGAUCGCUGGCAACCUCGUCAAGACGGUUGCAACUGGCGAGAUGGUCCCUGUUGGGUCUUUCUGGAAGACGCAAGUUUGCAUCAUCCACUUCAUGCGUCGCUUUGGGUGACCACUGUGCCGGCUGGGCGCCAGGGAGUUAAGCACUCUCAAGCCCCAGCUGGAGGCACACAAUGUCCGACUCAUCGGGGUGGGGCUGGAGGAGUUUGGGGUGGAGGACUUCGUCGAGGGAAAAUUCUGGGACGGAGAACUGUACAUUGACACUAAGAAACAGACUUAUGCUGCCAUUGGUUACAAACGAUACUCCUUGUGGAGCGUCUUGGCAGCUGUCUUCUCCAAGAAAGCCAGGGAAGCCUUGGCUAAGUCAAAAGCACAGGGAAUAACAGGCAACAUGAAAGGGGAUGGCUUAGGCACCGGUGGAACACUCAUUGUUAGCCAAGAAGGGAAGAGUGUGCUCCUAGACUUCAAACAGUCCUCCCCUGGAGAUCAUGUCCAGCUAAGUGAUGUCCUCAAGGCAUUGGGCAUUGAUGCCUCACCUCCUAGCAAUGAGGACUUGGACAAGUCAGCAACAUGUCAGGGCGCCAGUGGACAAACCAGUUAGGCGAAUCAAUCAGUAGUAAUUCAUCCCACCAACAACUUGGUGCAGAUUUUCUUUGAAAAAAAAUAUAUAAAACAAUUUCGAAAACUCUUGUUAUAUCAUUACUCAAACUUCUAUUUGAGUCAUCCAUCCACGAGUCUUCAGCGUUGAGUCUGAGUUCUUAAUGUAAAGUGCAAUUCCUUAGUGACAAGUUCGAGUCCAACUUCAGAAUAAUUUAACUCAAGUCUAAGUGGCGAGUCCUCAGGGUUGAGUCUUGUGUCAACAGUGUCGAUUCUGAGUCGUCAGGUCAAGUACAAGUCCUCAGUGACAAGUAGGAGUCCAAGUUCAGACUCAUUUUGCUUCAGUCUGAGUCUCGAGUCCUUUGUGUUGAGUCUGAGUCCUCAAUGUCGGGUACAAUCCAGACUCGUUAAUAGCUCAAGUGGGAGUCGCGAGUUCUAAAGGUUGUGCCGGAGUCUUCAGUUUUAAGUCUUGAGCUCAACCAUUGGGUCAUGUAUGAGUCACAACGGUCGAUUUUUAAUCACUUUAUUUAAAAAACAUUUUGCCACAACUAUGGACAUAUGGUUUAAAAGGGCUAUGUCGUCAUAUUCACAGCAUGCUUGUUGCUGUAUAUCAAAUUAUGAGCUCUCAUCCAGUAAUACUGCACACUCACUCUCUCCCACAGUAUCAUAUCUAUGGAGAGGUUGUGCCUGCUGUAACUGGGCGAGAGCUUCUUAAAUAAUUGCUCAGAUUGGGAAGAAACAGUCCCUUUAAGUCACUUGUGGCUACUGUCGUCUCUGCCGGGUUAGCGUUUCAUAAAUUGAAGGGAACCUUUUUGGAUUUCCUGCACUGUCCAAAUUGAAUGGAUUCGGUGGCAGCCUGCCGUAUGACGUCACUGGAUUAAACCCAUGUUUAGGAGUGUCCAGUGACCGAGCAACUUUGUUUGUAGUCUGCCACCGAAUUUAAGACAAUUGGUCUGCUGAGAAUCUAAUAAGUUCUCUUCAAUAGAGAGUUUUAUGUGUGUGUUUAAAUUGUAAUCUUUGCAGCUAUUUGUAGGCCCACUUGUUUUAUACGCAUCUUUCCUGUGCGCGGAGUGUCUUCUAUGUAGACGGACAUGGAGCGUUACAAGUGGCCACCACAGUAUUAUUAUUAUUUAUCAUUAAUUAAUUUGAGUCUUCUUGUGAUGAAGUGAGAAAAUUAAAUCGAUGUUUUAAAAAAAUGAAA